AUGGUCUGGAACUUGUUUCCACGCUUCGGUGGAGGCACAUUCAACUGGACCUGGACGAUCGAACUCGUAGUAUGCAUUACCCUGACGAUCUGGUUCCUCUUCUACUUCAAUCGUGUCUUCGCGACCCUAGUCUCUUAUGGCGCACGAGCCUACGCCUGGAAGAAGUUAAAGGUGUGGGUGGACAUCCAAGCCAUACAGAUCUCGCUAUUGGGAGGCCGCAUCUUCUUCAAGGGCAUACGGUACCAUGGCGAGAACGAGACGAUAUACAUCCAGCAAGGCUACAUCACCUGGCGGUAUUACUCGUUCAAUGCCCGCCAGGUCAACUUGAUCAAGCCGAAAAAGACUACAACGAAAGGUUCAGAAGAUGGAGGCAGCUCACCGGACGACUCCACGGAAGAGGGCGAUGUGCAGAGUCAGAAGACCGCCGGUCCACCAGGCGCAGACUCGGUAGCACGGGUACUCAUCAAUGUUACCGGUCUUGAAUGGUUUGUGUACAACAGAACACCCGCGUAUGAUGCUAUACUCGCCGCUGCUGAUCGGCCCUCUCGGUCUGCUCAAGGAGACCCCACGUGGACCAUCAAACCAGGAUCGACAGACUCUUCCAGCAACGAGAAGAAAGCGAGCGGUGUUGAGGAAAGAGAGCGUGGGUCCUCUUCCGCCGAAUCCAAGCCAGAGGUGGAAGUCCGUCGGAAAAGCUCAGAUGUAAAGACCGAAGAAGAGGAUGAAUCCUUCGAUCGUGACCAGCGAUCAACACACAGUGGCCUUGCGCCUGCCGACGAGGCACCUGUGAGUGCGUUUUACUCAUUGAUGCUGGCUCUCCUCCCUAUCGGAGUCGAAUGUAAUCGAGGUGCUAUAUCGCUAGGCAACGAGUCCACUCGAGCCAUCGUUGUCACCACCUUCGCGAAAGCGAAAGGCCAUAUAGACGCUGCCGCCGCGGAGGACAAGGACAUCUUCCGGCAAAUAUUCGACUUUGAGAUCGAGAAUCCCAUGGUUCAAAUGAAGCCCAAUCCAGACUUCCGGCACAGUCAGAUGGCUGCAGCAGAACGCAUCAUCCAGGGCAUUGACACACCCGUGCUCCAGAGGCGCUGGUGGCAGAUCAACUUGGACUUCCGUAGGCGACGUCACGACGCAGCACACAAGCUUAAGAACUUGACGCCGGGAUUUACUGGCUCUGUUGAGUCGUUUCGCCCACACUCGCACGGGGAGAAAUCCAACAACCGGUACACAGCAUUCGGCUAUGAAGGCGAUGAGGCAGCAGCUUGGUAUGGUCUCGAUCGCUACCUUGAUGAGAAUGAUCGAGAUGACCAUGAGGCCUGGUCUCACGUCGACUACGCUCGCUUCUCCACCAUUCUGGACUGUCCAGCAGUCCACUUCAACUUCUAUUGGGACAUACAGGGACCUGUUCCGUCGAGCGACGCAGUCACAGCAGGAGAGGGAAAUGGGUACCUCCUGAACGGGGAUGUACCGCCUGCGUAUGGAAUGAAUUUGGUCGUCAAAGGAGGCGACGUCAACUAUGGCCCCUGGGCUGAUCGAUUGCGCCUUGAGAUUCAAUCCGCCUUUUUUCCGAACGCGUAUCGCUCAGCUACACCGACAGAGCCGCCUGAGGCAGGCGAUCUGCGGAUCUAUACCAUUAUGAACAUAAGAGUCGAUAUUGAGAAGGACGUCACGCUACGCGUUCCGACUCGUGAACUUUCCAAGGAUUGGCAGUGGAGGGGCAGAGCACAUGCUGCUCGUGAAGCUGCAAUGGUGCGACGUCAGCGCGAAAGGAGGCCACAUUUCAGCUUUCGCAAGAACCACAAGCAGGCUGCUGGCCCAGAAGUGCGCCCAUUUGGCUGGUUCUCUUUCACUGUAGGUCCCGACACUAUUGUCAAGUAUGACAUGGCUAUGAUCCCUGAUGCGGACGGCUACCAGAACAGCUUGGACCUCGACCUCGUCAACACGCGAGCAACUUCCAGUGUCAAUCAUGCAGUACUUUGGCGCUGUCCUUCACACAAGAUCAACGCCAAACUCCCAUACCCGCUGGGCUGGAACCAUACCCACGACUGGGUCUUCAAUGUGGAGAGCGAUAGCCUGGAGAUGUUCAUCCUGCGUGAUCACAUGUUCCUGUUGAUCGAUCUGAUCAGUGACUUCACGGCGGGACAGAAAGCCGACUUCAUGACAUUCGUGCCUUACAUCUACAACAUGGGCUUGGUUUUCCACGACCUCAAGCUCUAUCUGAAUGCCAAUGAUUUCAAUAUCAUCGACACUCCAACCAAUCUGGACGAAAAUGCGUAUCUUAUCCUUGGCUUCGAGCUGCUCGACGGAAGUGUGGGCAUUCCACAGCGGUAUUUCGCUCCCCGACAGAGCGAAGUCCUCUUCAAAGCCAAAGGUAAACACGCCUACAUGGAUAUCUCCAGUCCACAGUGGAACACGAUGAGAACGUUCCUGCAAGACGAGGACUACAUACCAGACCUCAAGACAAUGGCUACACUCAAAGGUCUCGAGAUGGAAGGAUCGUACAAUUACUACACUGCGCAGGCUCCUCACCUGUCUGAUUCACUCUUCAUGACCAUCAUCGGAAUUUCACCAAGAUUCCAUCUACAUGGCUUUUUGAUCCGCUACUUCAUGAACGUCAAAGAAAACUACUUUGGCGAGCACCUGCAUUUUAGGACGCUUGAGGAAUAUCAGGCAUUGAUCGACCCAGAUCGGCCCGCGACUGCCAAUCCACGACCAACCAGUAAAGAGAAUGAUCUCGACGUGAUCCUAGCCGUGCGAGCAGACGAAAGCUCCAUUCUCAUACCGUCGAACAUCUACACGCGCCGGAAAGGUGUCAGGGCAGACAUUCUCAUGGUCGAAGCCGACAUGCGCUUCACGAACUACUACAUGGAUCUGCAGGUCAACUCGAGUCCUAUUGAAGUCAGUCUCGAAACCAUCAAACGGCCUGGUCAGAAGCCCGACGUUUCGAGUACUCAGAUCUUCAUCCAAGAGGCUGUUGUCUUUGGUCAUCGUCUUUUCGGUGCGCCACCAUCGGAACCCACUUAUUCAUGCCACUGGGAUAUUGAUGUUGGGAUUAUCACGGGCCAGUGCUCGUCUGAAUUCCUUGCUACACUCAUACAGGGUGUCGGGGCCUUGAUCUACACUAUGGACGACUUCGAAAACUCCCUGCCAGACGUGCUGUCAGUCAGCAUCUACGACGUAAAUUUUGUUCGUGCGAGAGCUGCAGGUAUCAAAUUAUGGCUAGUCGCCGAAAGUACGGCUCUUCUUGUCGACAUUUCCCCACUGACAGUCGACUUUGACGACUGGGCCGGUGAACACUUUGCUAAGCACAUCAAUGUCGAUGUCCCAGGCAUAACUGUGGCUGCGGUCGAUGCUAAGAGCGCGUUACGACACGCAGGCUCGGGAACUCACAACAUCGAAACGCUGGCGCUGUUCAAGACGUCUUUACGUCUAGCCACGCUGGACAAGACCAGCAAUCUUGCGCGGACCAGAGCAAUGCAACAAGCCCACAUUCGAUUCUCUGAUCAGCGAACGCAUCGGACUGAGUGGCUGUUACACAAGCGACCCACAGAGGCUGCUCAUCGCAACGAUCGCAAAUCCGAAUGGAGUAAGCAUCCACCAGGGAUGCCCGUCCCAGUGGUGCCGAAUCCUCUACACAGCAUAGACGAGGCUUUAGAUGAACGUCUGCAUGAUCUCGGUCUUCGCCGGCAGCCAUCCUCGAUUUCCUCCAGGUCUAGACGACAAGAGAAAUCCAGCACUUUCCUUGACAAGAGCAUUCUGCGUACCUCAUCUCAGUUGAGUGUUUCUAAGGAGCCACUGAAUGUCGAACGCAGCAUCGGAGCAGUGUCUCUGGCAACGUCGAGCUCCUGGGCUCCGCCGCAUUUUCCCCUGGCGAAUGCAAGCCCGAGUUGUGCAGAUAUGCCAGAAUCAUUCCAGGCGCCACCUUCGGUAGUCCGGCGGGUGCCGAAGUCAUUCCCUGCAACGGAUGAGGAUUGGGCAGAAGAUGGCAAGCAUAGCCACAUGGGCCUGAUUGUCUCCCUAGAGCAAGGCUUGGUCGGAUUUUGCAAGCCAGGUCUGCUCAUGGGCAUUGCCAGUCUCAUUUCUGCCCUUCAGCCCAAGGCAGCGCUUGAUCGCUUCGAUGCCGUGCAACAGGAGGUCAUCACUCUCGUCAUGCAGAAGCUACGGCCCAUGGUUGGUGAGAAGACUCUAGACCUUGACAUUCGAUUGCCAUACGCGCACUUGCGCUUCAUUCACGACGGCCACGAUCUGGAAUCGCCAUCAGCUGCUUACAAGGAUCAAUUCGAUAUCCAGCUACUACGGGGUCGAGCGGAUGUGCGGUUCAUAUCGAGGCAAGUCAUGAAUGAUCCAGAUCAUCCCAUGACCCACGGUCUACUGAUCCAUACAUCGGUAGACUCCCUGUCGAUUGCAGGCAGUGAUACCAAUGUGGCACAUAAUGACAGACCAGCUCGUUCAGCGCUGAGCAUUUCUAAGCUCGGGGUCUGGUUCAGCUCUAAAGAAAGACUCAGAGGCAUGGUACAAGUCGCCGACAUCGAAACGGAGGUCGAGGCAUCCAUGCUAGACCAGUUGGCACAGAUGAUAGCUCGCACUUCGACCAUGGUGGAUUCUUUGGUCGACAGAUUCUCCAACAUCGAUGACAGCUUGAAGACGCGCCACCUGGUCUACCACCUGACACAAGCCGCGACUGGUGCAGCAUCCGAUCCCGGCUUCCUGACCAGACCGUCGUACGUCUUGCGGAGUACAGAGAACCAUAUACGAAGUAGCGAAUCGUGGAAGAUUCUUUCGCGCCUGCGAUACGUUUUUGCUGUUGCAGAUCGCGAGACGGCCCACGGCGUCUACGAAGAUUGUCCAUGCAGUGGCCUGGAGCUACAAGACAGCGCACGCUCGCAGAUGGUGCAAGCCUUCGAUGAGUGGGGUACCUGGGACUCAAUCCCAGACAAUCGUAUGCCUGUUGUCACGGCUCUGUUUGGCCAGGACGCCAAGGUUGAUGGCUCGAUGAGUGUGCCGCGAUUUAUUACCCUGGAGUUGACACUUGGGAACUUCGAAGUUGUGCUAGAUCCAGGGCCAGCUCAAAGCAAUGUCAGUCUCGGAGGACUGGAAGUGGCUGCCACGUUCGAUCCUGGAUUCCGGGGACUGAACAGCAGUGGUGACUCAAGAGUGGUGGUGCAAAUCUACAGCGCCCAGUUCGUGGUGAACUUGAAAUGGGAGCUUGUUGAGCUUGCGAGCGAGCUUGUUCGUCUGCUGCAAGCGCAACCCAACACCUCGUCAACAACAGUCGCCGACCACCAAGCAUCUACGUCAGCCCUGGACCGAUUCGUCGUCGAAGCCGUCGUCUGUGCAGAUCUCACGUCAAUUAACGUUCAGUCGAAGAAUCUCACGUUGAAGCUGGGAGCAGAAAAUCUUAGCACGAGCUCUAUACUGGCGGUACCAGCCAACAGCGAGAUGUCUUUCUUCAUUACCGUCACUAGUCGAGUGGCCAUUGCGAGACUGAUCGGUCUUGACAAGGGACUACUGGUGUGGAGGCUGAUCGAAUCCAAGAUCAGCUCAUCUUUCGUCCCCACAUACAGUGCCGAUGAAGCAGAUGCGCUACCCAUCAGAAGACUGCGAGUAGCGGCUGCUUGCACGAGGUUGCGCUUCAAGUUGAAAGAGGACAUUCCCUUCGUGAUGAAAGUUGUGAGGGCUGUGGUGGAUAACGAGGUUGCUGAAGUUCUGAAAUUGUUCUUCACGGGUCCCGUGAAGCUCAAGCGACCGAAGCUGGAAAGAACCGAGCCCAAGCGAGAUCCCAAGGUCGAGUUUCAUAUUGCGCUGUUCCUGGAAGACUACAAGUUGGACUUCGUCCUCCUCCCAUCACUGCGGUAUUCUAUAGACGGACAAGUGGCACGGACGUCUGUCAUUCCUCGUGGCCAGGGCAAAAUGAUGGUGAAUUUCGAUCUGAAAGAACACCAGCACGCCUUCCGCGGCACAUGGUCGUCCACUUAUGAGCGGCCGUCGUCCCUGCAGAUGCCGCCUAUCAAUGGUCAAAUCUCGAUAGAGUCAGUGGAGGAAAUACUUACUCUUGGCGUUCACUCGACCAUCGAGCAGGUCGAAUUCGAGCUGAGCGCCGUGAGGGCUUGUUUCGACGUCGUCAACCAGCCAGGUUUCAUCAACACCAUCAAGAGCACGCAGAACGACAUCAAAGCCACGACCGAACGCAUCAACGAGCUCUUCACACCUGCUGCAGCUGUCACUGUGCAGACGAAUGUUCCCAAACCACCAUUGACUGUUCGAUUUUCAGCUGAUGGCACACUCAUGGGCCUACGGAUCAAUUGUCACGCUCCGUCCCUCAGGGACUCGGAGGCGCGGACCGAUCUCAAUUUCGUGAUAGGGAGAACAGCGGUGAGAGUCCACAACAUGAUUUCAAACUCCACCAAGAUCUGGGAGAAGCCUCAGUUCUCAGCUGGCGUUCAAGAAGUCUCCAUUGGUCUGGUUCGUAGAGAGCGCUACAGUGGGUCGAACUGCGGCAGACUCAGUACCGGCAUUCACAUCUCUGGAGUCACCGAGGUCGACGAGAAAAAUAAUCAUCUACAAGUGUUCAGGGUGUCUAGUAAGGGCAUCAACGUGGAUAUGUACGAGGAGACCGCCUCAUUACUGAUCGACGUAGCCUCUUUCCUGCAAGAAAGAAUCAAGUCGAUCACCAUCUCCGAUGAAGCGAAGAAUCUGAAGCCAAUCAGGAGACUGACGAUGGCGACUCUUGGGGAAAGACCAGUGCUACCAGAGCCCAAACCCGAGGAUGUCAUAGAGGAUGAUGAUGCGUCAACUCAUCUGUUCGAUUCCGUCGUCUCAGUGGACAUCGAUCGCAUUCAGCUCGUACCACAUUCGCAUGACCCACUUCAACGCUCGGCGAAUUCUGCUUUACUGCCUGAGGUCAUCUUCAGUGUUGCUUAUCUCUCGACGAAGAAGGAGCGUCGAAUCGCUUUCCAGGCGAAGGGUAAAGCAUUGGACCUUCGGCUCAGGGCUGACUUUGUAAUACCUGCCGCAAUGAUCCAGAAGUCUCUGAGUGCUGCAAGCACAGAGAUACGCAAUUCGAACGUCACUUUCAGCAGCAACAAUGCUGGUCCUCCAGAGACAAGGCGUAAAACGGUCUUGAGUAGGAAACGUUUCGCAUGGUUGGCAGUCGAUGCUGAUUUCGCUGGUGCCUUCGUCCAUAUUAGCCCUAGACCGGAUGACCAGCCCAGGUCUCGUUUUCACAUGCUCAAAGGACCGUCGAGAUCUCGUGCUGGGCGUUAUCUUCAGGCGGUGCAUGGUGAGCACGCAACCCAAGCAGCGUUGCAAGCACCGGGCAUAGCGAUCAAGGUUCAGUACAGAGACAAUGGAGCGGACGACCCUGUGUUGAGUACCGAGGUCAAGGUAGCAGCUUCGUCGAAUAUCCUGUAUCCAUCCGUGGUCCCACUCAUUAUGGAAAUCUCGUCUAGUGUCAAGGAACUGAUGGGCGAUGAGACUGCAUCUGCGCGACCUCAAACCACGCCUCAACCAACAGCUCAGCAGGCCACAGCUAAAUACCUCACGGAAGGCAGUCUCGAGCCACAUGCCGUCCUUGGGCGCACAAGACUCAAUGCUGGGUUGUGGAUACAGCGACAGGAGUUCAGUCUCAGCUGUCAGCCAAUUGCUAGAGUAUCGGCCACCGCGAAAUUCGAAGAGAUCUUUCUUUCGGUCACCACUGUACAAGGCCCAGACCAUCGGUUCUUCUCUGUUCUGAUGACUUUUAAUAAGCUUCAGUCAUCGGUUCAGCAUGUCUACUCCAGAGAGUCCACUGCCAGCUUCGAGCUUGAUUCAAUCGUGUUGUCCUUGAUGAACAGCAAGCACGUCAGUGGCACGACUGGUAUCUCAGCCAUUGUCAAUCUCAGUCCAAUGUCAAUGGACAUCAAUGCAAAACAGCUGCAGGAUUUCUUGCUUUUUAGAGAAAUUUGGUAUCCUGCUGAGCUUCGUGGAUCCAAGCAACCUGCUGCAGCGCCUGUGUCUGCGACUACUGAUACACAGGCAUUCGCGAUACAGCGAUACCAGCAGAUUGCAGCGUCUGGCACUCUUCCAUGGAGCGCCAUUGUUUCUGUACAGGAAAUUAAGAUGCAAAUAGACGCAGGUCCGAUGCUGGGUAAGUCAGUAUUGACAGUGUCGAAGCUCUGGGCAUCGUCCAAGAAAAACUCGGAUGCCGAGCAGAAUUUAUGCGUCGGCUUCGACAGGAUUGGCAUUGACAGCACUGGGCGGAUGAGCGGCUUCGUUGAGCUCGAUACCUUCCGAGUGCGAACGUCCAUUCGAUGGCCUGAAGAUGUCAAGACCUCUAUGAGAGCGCCAUUGGUGCAGGCUUCGGUCGGCUUUGACCACUUACGAACCAAGAUGGUCUUCGAUUAUCAACCUUUUGGAGUCGCAGACGUCUCAAACUUUGAGGCUAUGAUGUACAAUGUCCGGCAAGAUCAAGGCCAGAAUGAUCGUCUCGUGGCCAUGGUAAACAGUGGCAAAGUGCAAGCUUUUAUCACGACGAUGGCAGGUGCUCAAGGGCUUGCGCUAGUGCAAACCUGCGAGCGGCUGAUGGAGGACAAGAAGGAGGCCUUCCAUAGCUCGCUGAUGGAGCUUGACAAGCAGCUCAGGCGCAAGUCAGUGUUUCCAACCGCAACGUGGGUUGCACCUGUCCAGGGUGCCAAUAAGAUCGACAAAUCACCUGCCCAUACAGGCUUGUCACUACACACAGAUGUCGUGGUUGCCCUUGGGGAAAUCGACGUCGGCAUCUUUCCCAACACGUUCUUCGACGCUCAAAUCCUCAAGCUUGAGGCAACAGACGCCCAGGCUCGCUUUGCGGUCGCCGCAAACAGCGGCCAAGUGGAGAGUGAGCUGAGCAUGCGACUCGGUCAAGUCCGUGUCGCGCUCUCAAACGUCAGCAAGCACAAUACAAAGGCCCUUGGUGAGGUCUCCGUACCAGAUGUGAUCGACCGCGCAACAACCUCGCGCGGUGGCACGAUCUUGAAGGUACCUGCUCUGCACUCAUCGAUGCGCACCUGGCAGAAAGCCAACGACAAUACCGUGGAGUACAUUUUCCGCUCGACCUUUGAGGGUAAAGUCGACGUCGGCUGGAACUACUCUCGCAUCAGCUUCAUCCGCGACAUGUGGCAAACCCACUCGCGCGCCUUCGCCGCCCGUGCUGGCAAACCUUUACCUGAACCAGCAGUCAAAAUCACCGCGCAGCAAGGCUCGGGCGGGAAAGCGGGCGAAGGAGAGAAAAUCACGGCGGUGGUCAACAUGCCUGUCGCAAGCAACAAGUACAGGUAUGUGGCGUUGCAGCCUCCUGUGAUCGACACACCGCAGUUGAGGGAUUUGGGUGAGGCGACGCCGUCGCUGGAGUGGAUCGGCUUGCAUCGGGAUCGGCUGCCCGAGGCGACGCAUAGUGUGGCGAUUGUGACGCUGUUGGAGGUCUGUAAGGAAGUUGAGGAUGCUUAUGUGAGGAUCUUGGGGAGUACGUGA